CCCAGAUAAUGAACAAGUACACCACAUAUAUUAGUAGAUAUUUAAGUCGUACCCUGACAAGCGAUACAAAAAGAAAUAUGGAUAGAGCUAAAGUUCUCUUUGGCCACCUCGGUACAUCUAACAAUGUCGGAACGAUUGAAUCAUAUUCUUCAGCUGCUAGUACUGAAGCCGAUGAUGAUAUUUUGGUAUGUUCGGCACUAAGAACGCCCAUAGGAAAGGCAGGGAGAGGAUCGUUGAAGGAUACAUUCCUUGAUGACAUGCUAGGUGCUGUAUACAAGGCUGUACUGGACGAAACAAAACUCGAUCCCGGGCAUAUUGGGGACAUGUGUGUUGGAAACGUUAUGCUACAGGGGUCAGGGGCUAGUCUUGGUAGAGUAGCUCAAUUUUAUGUGGGUAUACCAGAGGAGGUUCCUAUAAUGGCGGUCAACAGACAAUGUGCAUCUGGUCUACAGGCUGUCAUGAGUGUGGCGGGUAGCAUCAAAACAGGUGUCUGUGAAAUAGGACUUGCAGCUGGCGCUGAGAAACUGACAGGUAGCAGCUUUGGUGCCCCGAGAGCGGAGAGAAUGGGAGAUGUCAACCCUAAGAUAUUCACAAACAACAAAGCACAGGAUACGCUCCUUCCUAUGGGCAUUACGUCUGAGAAUGUUGCGGAGAGAUACGGCAUCAGUCGAGAGCUCCAGGAUCAAAUGGCAGUAGAAUCACAUGCCAAGGCCCAUAGAGCUCAACAGUAUGGUUGGUUUGAUGCCGAGAUUGUUCCAAUAACAACUGUAGUAAAAGACAAAGAUGGAAAAGAAAAGAAGAUUACAAUGACCAAAGACGACGGAGUGAGACCCAAUACUACUCUAGCAGGUCUUGCCAAACUUAAACCAGUCUUCAAAAAGGGCGGAAGCACAACUGCAGGUAACGCUAGUCAGGUUAGUGAUGGCGCGGCUGCCGUGUUGUUAGCAACCAGGUCAGCUGCACGGAGACAGAACCUCCCCGUACUUGGUGUUCUUAGAUCAUACGCUGUUGUUGGAGUACCACCUGAUGUCAUGGGGAUUGGACCAGCGUUCGCAAUUCCACAUGCAUUGAACAAAGCAGGUUUGACUGUCGAGGACGUUGACAUAUUCGAAAUCAAUGAGGCGUUCGCAAGUCAGGCAACUUAUUGUAUUCAUAAGCUUGGCAUUCCGAGGGAAAAAUUAAACCCUAAAGGUGGCGCUAUUGCAUUCGGACACCCUCUUGGUAUGACGGGUGCUCGUAUGGUGGCGACACUGUUGCACGAAUUGAAGAGAAGAGGGAAACGGUCAUAUGGGGUUGUAUCAAUGUGUAUGGGAACAGGUAUGGGUGCUGCAGCUGUAUUUGAAUAUCCAGGGCCUAUCUAACACAGCUUAUGGUGGAUUGCUAGCCCGGAUUGCCAGUAUAUAGCAAGCCUAGGGAACAGGCCUUACUAUAAAAUCAGGACUUUCUACAGACUACUACAUGCAUUCCAUAAUUGAGACCUCUCCGAGCAUUAAUAUAUUUAACAUGCUCAAUCUGGCUCAAUGUGGGCCGAUAUAAUUGAAGACCAAAGGAAUGCAUAGUGCAAUCUGACUAUGGAAUACAUAGUGCAAUCUGACUAUGGAAUACAUAGUUCAAUCUGACUAUGGAAUACAUAG